AUGGAUGCAGCUGAGUUUUAUUUACCUGAUGAAUGUUGGGAGUGCAUCUUCAAUUUUCUCAAUGACGACGAUGACGACAACCACCAUCGCUAUUUGAAGUCUCUCUCCCUUGUUUCGAAGCGGUUUCUCUCUAUCACAAAUUGUCUUCGAUUCUCUCUCACUAUUGUCUGGUAUCCAACACGUCUUUUCCUCGGUCGCUUCUUCCAAAGGUACCCAAACCUCACGUCUCUUGAUCUCUCCUGUUACUACGGUGACCUUAACAAGCUUCUUUUCCAAAUCUCUCGUUUCCAGUUAAAUCUCACGUCACUCAAUCUCUCCAACCGAUCCACCAUUCCUGCUAAUGGGUUGCAAUCUUUCUCCCAGAAGAUUUCAACUUUAACUUCUCUCAAAUGUUCCAAAAUGAAUUCCAUAAAAAACACCGACUUGUUCCUUAUUGCCAAUUGUUUCCCUUUACUCGAAGAACUUGACCUCAGUAACCCCAUACGGUUCAAUGAUAACAGCAACUUUGAAGAUGAAGUAGAAGCUCUUUCAUUAACACUUUUUAAACUCCAAAAGAUAAAUCUGUCUAGUCAUACUUACAUGAAUGAUCAAUUACUUUUCGUGUUGUUCAAGAACUGUAAACUUCUCAGAGAGGCUAUCAUUCUUAAUUGUCAUCGCAUAACCAUCAAAGGCAUUGCUUCUGCUAUACGCGAGAGACCAACAUUGAGAUCUUUUGAACUGGACAGAUAUGCAGUUGUAAAGUUAAUUACUCCACAUUUCAUUGACUCAUUGGUGAGUUUGACUUCUCUCGAUUUGACUUCUUCAAAUAUAUCCAAUGAGUUUCUCUCCUCUAUUGCAAUGAAAGGCCUUCCUUUGACGAGACUUGUCCUCUGCAAUUGCACCGGCUAUACUUAUGAUGGAAUCUUGUGUUUGUUAUCCAAGAGUAAAUGUUUACAACAUCUGGAUCUUCAAUAUACUCGAUUUUUGAAUAACGAACAUCUGUAUGAUACAUAUAUGGUUCAAUUGUCUUCGUUCCUUAGCAAUUUGAUCUCUAUAAACCUUAGUCAUUGUGGUAAGCUCACAAAAUCAACCUUGUUUGCACUUGCUGGAAAUUGUCCUUCACUUAAUGAUAUUAAAAUGGAAUACACGCUUAUUGGAAAAGAGAGUGCAGAGAAUCUAAUUCUUUCAUAG